AUGGAUAGUGAGAUGUCAAGGGGCACGCUUUCGGUGACAAAGAAGUUGAUCCAGGACUACGAUUUGAGCCACACACCGAGAGAGAAACCUCCCAUGGACGCACACGACGUGCUUGAGAUCAUACAAACAACACUCACGACCGUCGAGAAGAUGUUCCAGGUAGGAAGGUACCGCAUACAGACAUGCUUCUUCCUUCAAGGGGGGUUCAUCACCGCAAACCGACCAGACGCUCUCCUCAAGUUGCGCUAUCGAGAUAUUAAGGUCAGCAUAGAUCGAGAUCCAAACGGCGGUCCACACAACAUCGUGUUAGAAUGGACAUACGAAUUCACCAAAUCGUUCCUAGGGCCCAAAGCAGCGAACACAUUCAUUAUCCCGGAAAUUAUCUUCGAUCCCUCUUUAAUCCUGAGUCCUCAUGUUUUCUUGCUUGGCUUGAUGUUUGCUGACAAAGUCUUCUCGAUCAGUGAGCUGACUCCGGAGAACCUAUUUACGCUUGACAUUCCACCCGGGUGCUACUCACUCGAGGUGCCUAUCAGAGAAGAAGUAGCUGACCUCUGCGUCUUUCGUCGAUACAAGCAAACAGCAACAGAACGCACAAUAAGUAGCGAACGACUGCCGUACCAUACUCUCAAAAAGCACAUGCAGGAUGUCGGUGAAAUCACAGGGUUCAAAGACGUGGCGAGACCGUACUGUCUCCGAUAUGGAGCAGCCAAUGCUUUCGAUAAGGACGGCAACACUAGCGUCGACUUGCGAAAUAUGAUCAUGAAGCACGCCAAUACAGAUGUGUUUCUGAAUCAUUACCUAUCCACACGAAUUACCACAGAUGCACAAGCCGUUGUACGAGGCUUAGCGCCUCAAAAAGAGCUUAUACAGGCGGCAUGCAGAAUGAGCCGAAAGAUCGACCCGAGGCGACCUCGUUUUCUUACGGAGGAGCAAAAACGGUCUGUUCUAGAACACCCGCGAAUCAAACAACUGCUUCUACAGCAGAAAAGAUUGAUGAAGCAUUCACCAGACUACAAGGAGGUCCAGAAGAAGAUCCGUAACGAAAAGCAGCACUUGAUGUACGAUCUCAGGAAAAAAAUCAGGAACGGAUACGACAAAGCGCAAGCAGAGAAAGACAUACAGCUACAACUCUCUGGUGGAAUGUUCACGGAAAAGAUCAAGACCGAUUUAAGGCGGUCUUCUCAACACACGGAGAAACAUAUGAAGUUGAUUGAGGCAAUGUUGUCGUUGCCUGGGCCGUCUCGUCCGGAAGAGAAUGAAAGACGAACUGUCCACAAACCCUCGUACUACAUACCGUUUCCGAAGAACCGAUACUUCGUCGGAAGGAGAGAAGAGCUCGAGAUACUCAAUCAGACGCUGCUGGAGGGGACAGGCUGCCAAAAGAUGUCAAUUGUGGGACUCGGUGGGGCUGGAAAGACACAGCUAGCCUUGCGGUUUGCAUAUACAGUCAGAGAGACCAUGUCAGCCGUUUCGAUCUUCUGGAUGCCUGCACUCAGCAUGGAGAGCUAUGAGCAAGCUUGUGUGGCUGUUGCUGCUGCUUUGCACAUCAGUCAGGCGGAGACGGGCGAAGAUAAUGCAAAAGAGCUGGUGAAAGAGCAUCUGAGUGCGGAUCAGGCUGGGCCGUGGCUGCUUGUGCUCGAUAAUGCAGAUGACCACGACAUCUUGUAUGGGACCGAGCAUGCUGCGGGCAUCAUCGACUACCUACCAGAGAGCGACAAGGGCAUGACCGUGUUCACCACAAGGGUACAAGAGCUAGCCGUGUCGUUGACACGAGGUGACGUUCUAGAGCUGGGGUCUAUGAGCAGACUAGAUGCCACGAACUUCUUGGAGAAGUCUUUGAUUAAAAAAAACCUCACGAAGGAACGCGAAGAGAUGGAAGAGCUAUUAGACGAGUUAGCGUGCCUCCCUUUGGCCAUCGCCCAGGCUGCCGCGUACCUGAACAUGAACAGAACAACUACUACAAGGUAUCUUCGGUUGCUGAGACACACAGAGCAAGACACUAUCAGUCUGAUGAGCAAAGAGUUCCGCGACCAAACACGCUACAAGGACUCAGCGAACGCAGUGGCCUCGACCGUUUGUUACGUGUAUCUUGAAGAUUGCGUCGACUGUCCGCGCCGUACUCGCAAGGACGAGUGGCUUUCAUGGUGUCUCGCAGCUAAGACACCGAGGGAGGAGAAGAGAGCGUCUGGUAUGAGUACAUGCAUGAUUGCACAGCUGCGGUCCUGCAAGUGGCUUACUCGCGGAUGGACAUUGCAAGAGCUCAUCGCUCCUGAACGCAUGACUUUUUUUGACAAAAAUUGGGUCACUCUUUACGACCGCUCCGAGAUUCAGCAUACACUUCAUGAUAUUACUGGAAUCGCGAGAGGACUUUUCAACCGUGAAGAGAUCUUCUUCGAAUGUUAUAAAGACCCUGUGAAGGAUUUGCAAAAGCGUCUGCGGCAGCUUUCCGUCGUGGAGAAGAUGUCUUGGGCUAGUUCAAGGCAAACUACACGCAGCGAAGAUAUUGCGUACAGCCUACUUGGUAUCUUUGGUGUGAAUCUUCCUUUACUGUACGGUGAAGGCGAACGGGCGUUCAGUCGAUUGCAAGAUGCGAUAAUGAAGGUCAACGUUGACCAGACAAUUCUUGCGUGGGAAUGUAAUGUUCCUGCGUGGAGUGACACAAUAAUAUAUAAGGACAUGCUGUUGGCUCCAGACCCAGUGCACUUCGGUUGGUGGAGAUCCUUCAAAAGGAAUGCAAUAAAGACAGCACUUUCUAUCAACGAGCCAUCCAUCACAGGGUCGAUGGAGUUUCCAGAAAGCUUUGAGCUCACAAAUGCAGGGCUUCAGAUCUCGCUUCGCUGCCUGGAUGCCUCUACUGUACGACGCACAGCUGUGCGACUUUUCAGCACAGGUUUAGAAGAAAGCAAUAACCCUACUCUGGGCCAGGCUUCAAAAACCGAGGAGCACGAUGAACAUGGCGUUGAUGAGGAAAACGAGAAUCGGUCAUGCGAGAACAUUGGCUUGGAGGGAAACAGUGGACUUGACCAUAACAGCACAAGCAGCGGCGUCAAGGAUGGUAAUGGCACAACUAACAGUGACCAUGAUGAAGCACGCCGCAGCCUUGAGACCAGUGUUAGCUGUGCACUUCUGGACUGUGAGCUCGAGCUCGGCGGGGCGGCGUACGCGAUCGCAAUUCAACUCCAGCAUAUCCAAGCGGGCGACCGUUACAAGGCUUCAGCAGCCGUCGACGAAAAUCUUUUCAGACAUGGUGGCGAUCCGCACCGCUUACUGUUUGUGAAGGCGGAAGCGGUCGAAGUUACUAAGCGUCGAGCUAUGUUAAUUCGGCACGAUUAUACAGCUUGGUACUUGUAG